UCCUAAUAUUAUAGCUAUUCUUCUGCUUCUCCUGCAGUAUUAUGUUACAGCUCUCAUCACCCAAUCACAGCGCUCCCCCAAGUCCUCCUGCCUGCUCCUAUAAGAGCCCCGGUCAUCCCAGUUUGGCAGCCACCUCUCUCUCUCCGUGGCGCAUGAGAGUUACCGUAAUACCAACCCACACCCCAGUGCAGGCCACGCUUCUUAUUACCUGUCCUGUUUAUAAAUUUUGUAACAAGUUCAGAUGAUUCAGGCCAGGGGUUAGCGAUCCUAUACACCACAGAAAAGUUUUAUACAAGACGAUGAGGGAAGAGGACUCCCCAAUGGACAGUGCGGGGAACAGCGAGGAAGAGAACGACCGACAGCUUCCGAGGAGAGGCACGCGGAAGCGGCGGGCGGCGCGAAGGAGCAUAGAUGAGGAGGAGGAGGGGGACGCGGAGAGCCCGAGCCUUGGGAAGAAGAAACGCAGAAAAAGUUGCGAUGGUGGAGGUGGCAGCGCAGGCAGCGGCGACAGCGAGGCCAGCAGCAGCCCCGCGCACUCCUUUGAUGACCUGCAGACGCAGCGCGUGAUGGCUAACAUCCGCGAGCGGCAACGGACGCAAUCUCUCAACGAGGCAUUCACCUCGUUGCGUAAGAUCAUCCCCACCUUACCGUCGGACAAACUCAGUAAGAUCCAGACGCUAAAGCUGGCAGCCCGGUACAUCGACUUCCUGUGCCAAGUCCUGCAGAGCGACGAGCUGGACGCACGAGGGACCAGCUGCAGCUACGUGGCGCACGAGCGCUUGAGCUACGCGUUCUCGGUCUGGAGGAUGGGGGGCGCGUGGUCCUUGUCUACGACGUCCCACUAACAGGACUGCUGUGGGUCAGACGGAACGAUUAUCCAUACUGAGGAACCAGAGGAUCGUGUUCAUCUUUCAGAGGAUGAACAGGCCAACCACAGCUGAGGCCCAGCCACUGUGCUCCAGGGCUUAGAGGCAGGCAUGUCAUAUUUCUCUUUGCUUGGACUGUAAUGUUUGCAAAGGAGCACUUAGGACAGACUGGACAGAUAUGAAGAAAAAAAAGACCACUGCGACUAUGAAUGUUGUAAAAACAAAAUGAGCUCUGAGGAACUGCUCUAUUUUGAGGGGGGUGGACGGGGGGCAUUUGAUUCCACAUUCCCUGUGACAGUGUUUCACAGCAAAUGAAGUACUUUGUAUUUAUUUUUCUACACAGGUUUGAAAGUCAUUCCCCUUCUCAAAUAAAAGUUAUUUAUUUUUGUUUUUUUGGAUAAAAUGGUCAAUGGAUUUGGAGUCUGUG